CUCUUCCAGAUCAAAUGAACUUGAAGUCUUGCUUCAACCCUGCCAUUCACCUCACCAUCCACACCUCUCGCCUCGUUCUAUCUUACGAUACCAUUUUGUCUGCCCACCUCUCUCUCGCAUAUCUCUCCCACCUAUUUCUGGCGCUCCUCCUGAGGAUCACUCUACCUAGGUAGCUUUUGCCCUGUUCUGCAACCCCAGCUCCAACCCCGAAGUCGCGCAACGCAAUUUUCACCUCACCUGUCGCCUCUCACCUACUCUUUGAUUGAGUUUAUAUUUUCUCGGCUCCCUUUGGCGUCGUCUACCUGAUAUCUUCUUCCUACCAAGGCGCGACCUUUCACGAACCUCGCCUCCAUUCUUGUCCAAUAUCACGGAACCUCUUUCGGAUUUGUCAACCUGUCUACCAGAAACAAUGUCGCUGUGUCUCAACCGUCUCACUGAAGAGAGAAAGCAGUGGCGACGAGACCAUCCAUUCGGUUUCUAUGCCAAGCCACACAGAACUCCUCAGGGUGUCCUUGACUUGAAGAGAUGGGAAUGUGGUAUUCCUGGGAAGUCGCAAACACUGUGGGAGGGCGGUCUGUUUAAGCUGGACGUUACGUUCCCCGAUGAGUAUCCCACAAAGCCUCCUAAGUGCAAGUUCGUACCUCCGCUUUUCCACCCCAACGUCUAUCCAUCCGGCACCGUCUGUCUGUCUAUCCUGAAUGAGGAUGACGCGUGGAAACCCGCCAUCACCAUCAAACAGAUUUUACUUGGAAUUCAGGAUUUGCUCAAUGACCCAAAUCCAGAGUCCCCUGCACAAGCUGAUGCAUACCACUUGUUCAAGCGAGAUAGACCAGCUUACGAGAAACGUGUUCGACAAGUUGUGAAGGAUAACCCCGCCCUAUAAAACCAACCUGACGACAAGCGUAUUGUUUUUUCUCAAUCAGGGUCUUCAUGAUUUCGCAACUCUAUUUUCACUUUCUAUUUUCCAAUUCUCUUCAUCAGGAAUUCAGGAGUUUUAUUGGCGGAGAUGGCAGAUCAAGCAACUUGUUCCACGUGGGGUAUGGUGAAGAAGACCAAGAUCUCAAUC